AUGGGGGUUAAUGGACUAUUACAAGUAUUGAAAGAAAUACAAGAUCCUUGUUCAUUAGAACGAUAUCGAGGUCAAACAUUAGCUAUUGAUACUUAUGGUUGGUUACAUAGAGCAUUAGUUUCAUGUGCUGAAGAAUUAUGUUUAGGCAAACCAACAAGAAAAUAUGUUACAGCGAUAUUAAAUAAAAUUCAAAUGUUGAAUCAUUUUGGUAUAACUCCAUAUUUUGUAUUUGAUGGAGCAUCAUUACCGACAAAGCAAGAAACUAAUCGAGAGCGUCAAUUGAAACGUCAAGAAGCUAAAGAAUUGGCUGAAAAAUAUAUUGCUGCUAAUAAUCAAAAAUUAGCUUAUAAACAAUAUAUGAAAGCCGCUUAUGUUACUUCACAAAUGGCAAAAUCAGUAAUGUGUGAAUUAGAUAAUCUUUCCAUUAAAUAUAUUGUUGCUCCAUAUGAAGCUGAUCCUCAAAUGGUUUAUUUAGAAAAAAUGGGAGUUGUUGAUGGGAUAUUAAGUGAAGAUUCUGAUUUAUUAAUAUUUGGUUGUAAGAAAUUAAUUACAAAAUUAAAAGAUGAUGGGACUUGUGUUGAAAUAAAUCGUGAUAAAUUUGAUAAAGUAAAAGAAAUUCCUUACUUGAAUCAAUAUAAUAUGGAACAAUUAAGAUUAGUUGCUAUGCUUUCUGGUUGUGAUUAUACUAAAGGAGUUCCUGGUAUUGGGUUAAGAACUGCUUUCCAAUUAGUAAGAAAAUAUAAUAAUUUCACCAAAGUAUUGAUUGCCUUAAGAUCAAUGGGGAAAAAAAUCCCCGAUAAUUUCAUUGAUGAAGUUAAACUUGCCAAUUUAGCAUUCCAAUUUCAAAAAGUAUUUGAUCCAACAAAUCAAAAAUUAACAACCUUAAAUGAAUAUCCUCAAAAUAAUAGGGAAGUAGAUGAUUAUGAUGAUGAAACUUUACUUGAAAAUUGUUGUGGGAAAACUUUUACAGAUGAAAUUUAUCAAAAAUUAUGUAAUGGGAAAAUUCAUCCUAAUACUCAUGAAAUAUUGGUAUCAAGAGAACAAAGUUUAACGGUUUUGAAAAGUGAAUCAGUAUAUUCCCCUAAUAGUCAACAAAUUGAAAAGAAUUAUAAUCAAGCAUCAAAUGCUACCAUUGCCCAUAGAUCCCGAUCAGAAGGAGCAAUUUGUCAAGCAGGUAAUGGUAAAUCCAUACUUGAUUUAUUAAGUAUUUCCAAAAAAGUGACUAUAACCAAUACCACUACCACCACUGCCAACGGGUCCCAAUUAGAGAGUUGCAAUAACGAUAAACAAAUGAAAACCCCUGAAAGGAAACUUUUGAAACGAUCAGUAAAAUUUGAAGAAAUUAAAUUAUCCCCCACAAGUAAGAAAUUAAGAAAAUUAGUAGCAACAGCAACCACAACCACAACCAACGAUACAUCUGCAGCAACACCAAGUCCGAAUGUAACUACCAGUAAGUUUUUCACCCCUAAAUCACAUCCUAUCGAUAAAAUUCAACCAGCAAACCCAACAACUAAAGAAAAUCUGAUUAAACCAGAUUGGGAUUCAAGUUUGAUUGAUGAUUCUGAAAUUACUGAUUACGAUCAAGCACAUCAUCAUGAGUCACUGGAUAAACCAGUGGAUACAAAGAAUAUACUAGAUGAUUUGACUGAUAAUGAUAACGACCAUGAGGAAGAGGAAGAGGAAACUAAUUUCAAUAAGAUUAAAUUAGAUCCUAUAGUUGAUCUCAAACAAUCACCACAAAGUGAUAAUGGGUUUGAUAUUUGUUCUAAUGACGAUGAAAUUGAAGAAUCUCCAAUCAAAAAUCGAGUUGGAACAGUUGUUGGUGGACAAGAACAAGUUCGUACCCGAUUAAUUGCAUUAAAAGAAUCAUUUCUGUAUCAAUCAACAACAACUAAAUCAACUCAUCAAUUCCUUAAACCCGAUAAACCAAAUAAUGAAAGGAAAAGAAUUCCAUUACAACCUAAAAAUAUAAAUCAGAUACAACAAAAAUCACCAACUAAAUCAAUAAAGCUCAAUCGAAAAGUAGAUCAUCGACAUCAGGGGUACCGUAAUAAUAACAAUGUUGAUAUCCUGAAAGCAGUAUCAACUGUAAAUUCUAGAAGUACUAUAGAUAUUAGACAAUUUGCAUAUAAAAAACAACAAACCUAA